AUGGCAGAUUAUGGUAAGCAUAUUAUUUUAUAUUAUACAAUAUUAACAUAUAAUGGUUAUUUUGUUUUAUUAAAAAAUUAUUUUACAGGAAUUAGUCCCCUGUCUUUACCAUCUGGCACUAAUGAAUUUGGAGGUACAGAAGGUUUUAUGGCUCCAGAAAUAAUAAAAUACAACUGUGAAGAAGAGUAUACUGAAAAAGUUGACUGUUUUUCAUUUGGAAUGUUUAUUUAUGAAUUGAUCACAAUGCAUCAACCAUUUAAAAAUCAUAAAUCUGUAAAAGAAAGUAUUUUAGAAGGACACUGACCUGCAUUGACUUAUAAAGUAAGAAAGUCUUGAAUAAUAGUGUGAAUAAUUAUUUUUAAACGUUCUACACUGAAUUAUUAUAACAUUUUACCGUUAUCAUUCUUAUAGGAAACAACAUAUCCAAGUUAUUUAUUUGAUUUAAUGGCAGUAUGCUGGUCACAAAGUCCAAAAGAUUACUCUUCGGCAAGUCAAAUUGUAUUUACAUUAUCAGAUCCUGGGUUUACUCAUCUUUAUGAUGUUAUAUUACUUAGUCAUUUAGCUGAUGUAAUAUAUUUUACUCGAGUACCAUUGCCACUUAGUAUACUAAGUGUAGUAUACAUAUUAUACUUAGCAUACAUUAUUUUCACAAACAAUUUAUCAAAUAAUUGUUAUUGAAUUUCCAAAUUUCAUCUAAUGUGAAAUGUAUGUAGUUAAUAUUUACUAAAAUAAUUUUUGAAUAGAAAAUGAUACUGCUGUUGUAUGCUACUCUUGGAGAUGGAAUGUUGGGAAAAUAGGAUGCAUAAUUAUUUAAUUUAUAUCUGAAAAUAAUGAUAAACCAAAGCUAACGAAAAAUAAUUCUGAACCAAGUCUAAAGAAUUUUCUAUAGACCCUUUCAACCAUCAUCCUUAGAAAAAGAUUGAUAGGUUCCUAAAAACCAAAGCAUAUUUAAUUUUAAGUUGAACCAUAAAGUAUCUUGAGGGGGUUGAUGUGUUUAUCCAAAUAAAAAACAACUUAUUCAUUAAAUAUAUUCGCAUAUCAUAUGGUCUCAAAAGACGUAUUUGUAGAUACAUUCUACAAUAAGGGUAAACAAAGGAUCAACAUUUUAAUUUGUAUUUACAGGUGAAAAUAAUGAGAAUAGUGGCGAUAAAAUAUGGUUACCUUGUUCUAACAGAAAACUGGAUAGAUUAGUAUUAGGCAAUACCAAUUAGUUUAAUUAUAGAAGUACUUAUGUUACACAUAAAAUUACAGCUAUUCGUACUGUAGACGAUCACAGUUGGUUAGUAGAUGCUGAAGGACAAAUUCAUGCUUACUCGUAAACUACAAUAUUUUUUUUAGUUAAUAAUUAUUUAAUUGAUACUAUAUUUCAAUUAUAGGAGCAAUGAUAAUGAAUGCGUGUUUAGCCACUAUUUGAUACCAGAAGAUCAAAAUGUUGGAGUGAAGUGUAUAGUGACUCUAAAAGACAGAUAUAUGGUUGCAAUAGGUUAA